UAAAUGGUGGAUUAUGUCUAUGAAAUUUGGUAACACGGGGAGCGGGCUUCGUCCAGCGAUUGCGGAUAAAAUUUAUCGAUGGGCCGUCUGCUUCAUUUAGGUUUCUAAUUUUCGGUUGCGAUUGCCCAUUAGACGGACAGCAACAGUGAAGAUAGUCUUAAAAGCCGCCUCUCGCUGCCACCCCAGCCCCAGAUUUCCGAUUUCCCCAAUUUUCACUCCGCCAGCUGCUUUCCGAGGUUCAUUUUUCAUUCUCUAGGUGAAAUAGUAUUUUCAAAGAGUUGCUUUGAGAAACAACCAGCAUUCGAUUGGCAACUUUGUAUGUUGUGCUAUCAGACUAGAAUAGUGGUCUGAAUCUUUUCCAUAGUUCAUUAGGGCAGCAGAACUGGUUACUGGACUAAGUUUGAAUUAGGAAAGAUGAGCAGAUCUGCUCGUCAUAAAGAGAAGUAUGGAAAAAUUAGUGAGAUCCCCCAAGAUCGCUACCAUGAAGGAACUGCUGCACGGACAAGGCCUUUAAGCUUUGACGAGAUUAUGUCAAAAAGGAAAAACAAAAAGCAACUGUUUGAAAACGGAAAGGGGGGAGUUGUAGAAGAUACAAAAGGAGAUGGAAGUACUGAAAAAGUUUCUCAUCAUUAUGGAUCUGAUAGGGUUGAUUCACGAAGUAAAGAUUUUUUCCCUGUUGCCCAAAGGCUUUCUUCAGAAGUUGAUGCAAAGGCAAGUUCCAAAAGGAAAGAAGAAAAUACUUACAUGAAGGAUGGCUAUUUAGCUAAAAGCAAAGAUAGAGAAAUUCAGGAUUCAGAAACCAAAUCGAGGGCCAAAAUAGACAGAGAUCAGAAAGCUAAAGGCAAGAAUGAUGAAAAAAAUUAUGACAGGAGAAAAAAAGAUGAGCGCAGAAGCAGUAAUGCUGAAAAUGAAGCUUUAAAUAAAUAUUCAAGGGAAGUAAUUAAAAGAGAUAGACAUGUGGAUGAUAGUAGAGGAAGAUUUGAGAGGGAAAACAAGAGAAAAUACCGAAAUGGAGUUGACCAGAAAAAUAGAGAUAGGCAUUCCACAAGAAAACACGAUCCAGGAAGAGGGCAUGAUUCAGAAGCUUCAGACAGAAAGGAAAGAAAGGAACUACCUAAAUCUAAUUUUGAGGAAUUAAAGCUGAAAAGAAGACGAUCAAGGAGUCGAGAGCAUGUGAACAAAAAAAGGAGGUCUAUGUCGCCAUUGCCAAGGUCACCAAAACAUGCAUCUUAUUAUGGUAGGGAACAUGGGGAGCCAUCCUCAUCACUUAAAGGGAGAUCUGAUGUUGACAAGAGCAAAAUUACGAACAGUGGUUCUACUUCUAGUGCCCAUUAUAAGAGACAUGGUAGCUCAGCAAGUGGGCUUGGUGGCUAUUCACCAAGGAAGAGAAGAACUGAGGCUGCUGCAAAGACUCCUUCCCCAAGUAAAAAAUCACCCCCAGUUAAACGCUCACCAGAGAAGAAAGUUGCUAAAUGGGACCUUGCACCAGGAGCAGACAUGCUUUCUGUGUCAGUUCCUUCUAGUUUUCAACUGUCAAACCAAAGUGCAUCCUCAAACGUGCAUGAAGCAGUCAGUGUAGUUCAUGUUGCUUCAACUCCAAUCAAGCCUCUUUCACUGGUUUCGUUCAAUAUUUUGCCAACCAAUAAGAAUGACUCCAUUGACUCUGUUCAACUAACACAAGCUACCCGUCCUAUGCGGAGGCUUUAUGUGGAGAAUUUACCAGACUCAGCCUCAGAGAAAGCUGUAAUGGAAUGUCUUAACAAUUUUUUGAUUGCUUCAGGUGCCAACCAUAUCCGGGGAUCCCUGCCAUGUAUUAGCUGCAUCAUACACAAAGAAAAGGGCCAAGCCCUUGUCGAAUUUCUUACACCUGAGGAUGCUUCAGCAGCUCUUGCUUUUGAUGGCUUUUCAUUCUUUGGUUCCAUAUUAAAAAUCCGACGCCCAAAAGACUUUGUUGAAGUGGCAACUGGUGAACCAGAAAAGUCAAUGACUGCGGGCAAUUCAAUAAGCAGUAUUGUGAAGGAUUCACCACACAAGAUCUUCGUUGGUGGAAUUCCAAAGGUCCUUUCUUCUAAAAUGAUUAUGGAGAUUGCAAGCGCUUUUGGACAUUUAAAGGCCUAUCAUUUUGAAAACAGCGACAAUCUCAACGAGUCUUAUGCUUUUCUAGAGUAUGCAGACCAAUCAGUUACAUUCAAAGCUUGUGCUGGACUGAAUGGUAUGAAGUUAGGAGGGCAAGUGAUAACUGCAGUUCCAGCUGUUCCAAAUGCAUCAACCUUGGAAAAUAGUGGAAACCCACCAUUCUAUGGGAUUCCUGAGCAUGCAGUGCCACUUCUUAAGAAGCCUACACAAGUUCUGAAGCUUAAAAAUGUGUUCGAUCCAGAAGCCCUUCUGUCACUCUCUCAUACUGAAAUUGAAGAAAUACUGGAAGAUGUACGUCUAGAGUGUGGAAGGUUUGGCGCUGUCAAAUCUGUUAAUGUUGUCCAGUAUGAUGCAACUCCCAUCUCCACCUUGGUAGCAUGUGGAGUCGAUGAUUGUAUAGAAUCUGCUGGGUUAGUAAAUGAUGAAACAGAGAUGCGGAAAGAAACUGUGGACUGUAAAAUUGUGCAAGGCGAUGGUAUGGAGGAUGGUAAACCUACUAGCAAUCUUAUGGAAGAUGAGUCAUUUCAAGCAGGUUCAGUUGAUAGUGAUUCGUCCAUUGAAAACCUAGAUGGCAAGAGCAUAUUCAACUCCCAAGAACUUACUCAGGAGGCCUCAAAAGAUGAAUCAGAAUGCUCUAAUGACAAGGUCGCUGUUAAUAUUCAAAAGGGUACGAGUGUGGAAGACAAAUUGCCCAAUAGAGAAGAGUUGAAUGUGGAGGAAGUAGGUGGAAAUAUAAAGGAAUCUUCUUUAGAUGAUGAUAUAGUAGGAUUAGAUGCUACUGUGAAAGGAGACCAUAAGGAGGAAGAGAGUUGUGAUCUUGGCCACAUUUUUGAGCCAGGCUGUGUUUUUGUAGAAUUUGGAAGAACAGAAGCCUCGUGUAUGGCUGCACAUUGUUUGCAUGGACGGUUAUUUGAUAAUCGCACUGUGGCAGUGGCAUAUGUUCCUCUGGAUGUUUACCAGACUAGGUUUUCGAAAUGAUCCUGUGUAUGAUGAAACUGAUUUGUUAAAGCGCAUAUAUUGAGAAAAGAUGUUGGAAUACAGUAAGUCUAUGAAUGGCAAUGUGUAACAUUAUAACAUUCUGGAUACAAUAUCUAUGCCAACAUUGCCCAUUGUGACAUGUAGAAAAUAGUCAAAGUUCCAACCUGUUUGUUCAUAUGAAGCCAAAGCUGAAUGACCGGAAUCUGGAAUUACUUUCGGAGCCUGAGUGGUGUACAGAAAUUUCAGCUGCUGAGUUGGUGAGUCGCAUAUCAGGUUUGAGGGCCUUUUUGUCGAAUGCAUGAAGGUGGUGCUGGAAGAGAAGCUGCGACUCAACUUUUCUUUUCGCUCUCUUUCUUUCUUUUUUUUUCUUUUUUAACCAUACUGAUUUACUUGAAGUAGCCAUUUUUCAAGAAAUUGUGCGACUUGUUGAACCUAUUGACAUUUUGUUAGUACUGCUGGCUUUUUGAUGCAAGCCUGAAACUGAAAAAUUAUGAGUUAAUGCAUGUAAUCCAAGAGAUGAGUGUAUUUGGCCAUGGGUUUUAUCA